CCUGUAGUAAAGCCGUGUGUGUGUGUGCGUGUGUGUGUUUGCGUGUGUGUUCAACGUGCUCGUCAGAGCAACCUCACAGCUCAGUACACAUCAACAGAUUGACUGAAGUGCUGCUUCUCUUUCACUGAUGAAAGGAAAGAAGAAAGGAACGACAACAGGACAGAAGAAUCUCCUCCGUGUCUCUGUCCACCUGCUGAUCUUUUUCUCGUCAUUUCGUUUAGCUGGAAAACAAACAGCAAGUUGUCUUUAGCUUCUAUGCUAACACUUCUGGCCUUUUAACUUCUGCUGAAGAGAAGGAGUAAAACACGAAGAAGCAGCUUCAGAGGAACCCGAGAUAAGAAAGGAGUGCUUGUGCUUGGUUUUCCUGUCCUUCUAAGGUGAACUUGAGGCUGUAGUCUGUUUGUAAGGGAAAUCUGGACGACUCUCUCUCUCGCUCUCUCUCUCUCUCUUUUUCUCUCAUACAGACACGUUUGCACAUGCAUACACACUUUCACCAGCUUCUUCUUCUUCUGCCUGAAGUCCCUCGAGGUAAAAGUGACAGUUUCUUCAUCUUUCUUUUCAUCCCCUGGAAGCUCUAAAAGACACAAGUGGACUGUAAAAAAGGAGGGAAAGAAAACGUGUGAGGAGAAAAGCACAGCUCGGGUUGUGUGGUAGGAGGAGUGAGGAGUACAACCGUAAGAGUGUAUGUUGCUUUUCCCUCUUAGAGGCUGAACCGUUCGAGCAGGAGGGGAGGAGGCUUUGUGUGAGUGACAGAUCGCACCCCACAGGUGGAGGCAGGACUGAGGAAGAAGAUAGAGAGAAAGAGAGAUAGAGAAGGGAAAGGAGAAGGAGUGCAGGAGCAGGCAGUCGAGAGAAAGCGUGUGUGAGAGCCAGCUGACCCACAAUGAGCCACUGCAGGAAAAGGUGCAAGAGGCAGCUGACCAAAGUGGCCCGCUUCUUUUACAGGUUUCUCACAGGGACCCUGACUCAAGACAGCAUCGAGGAUGAUUUCGAACUCUCUACCGUGUGCCAUCGGCCUGAGGGUCUGGAGAAACUGCAGGAGCAAACCAAGUUCACCAAGAAAGAGCUUCAAGUGCUUUACAGGGGCUUUAAAAAUGAAUGUCCUAGUGGCGUUGUGAACGAGGACACCUUUAAGGUUAUCUACUCCCAGUUCUUCCCACAAGGAGAUUCAAGUACGUAUGCACAUUUCCUUUUCGAGGCAUUCGACACUAACAAGAACGGAUCGGUCAGUUUUGAAGACUUUGUCAUUGGCCUGUCCAUCAUCCUCAGGGGGACAAUAAUCGAUCGGCUCAACUGGGCAUUCAACCUUUACGAUCUCAACAAAGAUGGGUGUAUCACCAAAGAGGAAAUGUUAGACAUCAUGAAGUCAAUCUAUGACAUGAUGGGGAAGUAUACAUAUCCCUGCAUGCAAGAGGAUGCUCCCAGAGAGCAUGUGGAGAACUUCUUUCAGAAAAUGGACCGUAACAAUGAUGGCGUUGUCACGAUCGAUGAAUUCAUUGAGUCAUGCCAAAAGGAUGAAAAUAUCAUGCAGUCCAUGCAGCUGUUUGACAACGUCAUUUAGGGCCAAGCCUAACUGAAGGGGAGCGAGAAAGAGCCAGAGAGAAGUGACCAAGAUGCUCAAACUGGUCAACCAGAAGCUACUUCCUCCUCUAUAUCCCCUCUUCUUCACCCAGCCAGAGGACCGCCAUCAUUCUGUUUCUUUCUUUCUCCCAGAGACAUAGUGGAAGAUGAUGCAUCAGGGACAGGGGCUGGCUUCUAGAUCCACUUCGAUAACUUGUUUUUCCUUACAUCCUUGAAAACAUUUAACAUAGUACUGUAGCUGGACUCAGGAUGAAGCCAGCGUGACAUGAUUCACAUGUAUCAUGGAGGAACAUAAAGUGACAAUAGAAGCAAAAGUACCUGGCCAACAUCUAGCUAAGUUAUGGCCAAUGAUGGUCGUGAUUUUUUUUCUUCUUCUUCAAAUAAGUGACAUUUUUCUUACCGCAUGAUGUCAAAAUAACCUACACUAUGUACCAUACAUAUUUACCCAGCUAGUCUAAAGCUUGUCUGUUGUCAAAUGGCCUCGCUCAGACUGAGCGCUGUCGUGUGCGCCAUUCCAAGUUCCUCCAUUUCAGCAGCCAAUAGAAUUAGAAACAGCCUAGGCCUGUACGUUCCAGACGAGUCUGUAGAAAAAGUGACUCCUUGGCCUCGAAGUCCUAAUCACUUAACAGUUCGGACUGUUUUUUUCAUCCUAAGUACAAGAUUUCACAGAUAAUAAAGGAAAUAAAUGGGAGAGUCGAGCUAUGCUGCGUUAAUGCUAGCCUGUUAAUGUUCACACUGUGAAUGCACAUAAAAUAUGAAUCACGACAUUUAUUACUGCUGAGAGAAUCCACUAAUGAUAAAUUCCAUGCUUUUUUUUUCAUUUUCCAUAGAUUUAGGCAGAACUAAAGUGCUCAUAGGCAGCUCCGUAGGGUGUUGGGACCAAUAAGCUUGUCCAUGCACAGUGUCCCUCAAACACCAAGGACAUUCACCAUGACCCAAAAUAAAAAAGAUUUUUACCUGAAAAUAUAAGGUACGAGUAAAUACUUAAAGUGGAGUAGAGCUAAAGAGGUUGUGUGGCUAUGGUAUGAAGUAGAGGUCCUCUCGGGUCUAAAAAAAUGUACCUGACCCGAAGUGACCCGAAGCACUUUUUACCCGAACAUGACGUGCAUAAUUUUAUUUUUUUUUAAAGAAAGACCCGACCCGAGACAAACCCGAAAAAAAUAGACCCGAGUCUGACCCGACGGCAUUUUUUUUUUAACCCGACUGGACCCGAAUGUUGCGUAACUUUACACUAAAGUAACCGCUAGAGCGUGGAUUCUAAAUUGAUUGACAGGUCUGUUUCAACAAAAAUUAGCUUACCGCCAGCCAUGCUUCACCAGCCACAAG